UAACACUAAAGCUGUCAAGGUCUGAUCUAGGUAGUGGAGCUCCACCUAGAUCCUUGAAGGAUCCACCUAAUAAAUAGCCAAUAGGUAUUAAGUGGGCCCACCUACCAACCCACCAUCUACAGCAAGAUUAGUAGUUGAAGAGAUCUGUAUAGGCCACAAGCAUCAACUAAAGCACUCACUUCAUCUCAACCGUCCAACUAUAUCACAGACCAUCCGAUCCCACAAAUUGAAGGGUCCAUAUCGAGUCCAAGCUUGAGCAAAACUUCACGAGAUUAGAGUCCUAGUAACUGAUAAAUAGAGGAGCGAUUCUAAGGACACCGCGUCUCUCUGCAACUGUGAAUUAUCUCACUUGUCUCUGCUCUCUCUUCUUCUCUUCCAUUUCCUCUGUAAAUCUCUCUUUUUACUCACAGUUGAAAGAUGGAGACAUUUCUUUUCACUUCUGAGUCUGUGAACGAGGGACACCCUGACAAGCUCUGUGACCAAGUCUCAGAUGCCAUUCUUGAUGCCUGUCUAGAACAAGACCCAGAAAGCAAGGUUGCCUGUGAGACGUGUACAAAGACUAACAUGGUCAUGGUCUUUGGUGAGAUCACAACCAAAGCUAAAGUAAACUAUGAGAAAAUUGUAAGAGAUACUUGCAGAGGCAUUGGUUUUACGUCAGCUGAUGUUGGUCUUGAUGCUGAUAAGUGUAAGGUACUUGUCAACAUUGAGCAACAAAGCCCUGAUAUUGCCCAAGGAGUUCAUGGUCAUCUCACAAAGAAACCUGAGGAAAUUGGAGCUGGUGAUCAAGGCCACAUGUUUGGCUAUGCCACUGAUGAAACUCCUGAGCUCAUGCCACUAACUCAUGUGCUUGCCACCAAGCUUGGUGCCAAGCUCACUGAAGUGAGAAAGAACAAGACAUGUCCAUGGUUGAGGCCUGAUGGUAAGACCCAAGUUACUGUUGAGUAUAAAAAUGAAAGUGGAGCCAUGGUGCCUGUUAGGGUUCACACUGUUCUGAUUUCAACACAACAUGAUGAGACUGUCACCAAUGAGCAGAUUGCGGCAGACUUGAAAGAGCAUGUGAUUAGGCCUGUUAUCUCAGCUCAAUAUCUUGAUGACAAGACUAUCUUCCACCUUAACCCUUCUGGGAGGUUUGUCAUUGGAGGGCCACAUGGAGAUGCAGGACUCACAGGUCGAAAAAUUAUCAUAGACACAUAUGGUGGAUGGGGAGCUCAUGGUGGAGGUGCAUUCUCAGGGAAGGAUCCAACGAAAGUGGACAGAAGUGGUGCAUAUAUUGUUAGACAGGCAGCAAAGAGCGUGGUGGCUUCAGGGCUCGCCAGGCGAUGUAUUGUGCAGGUUUCUUAUGCAAUUGGUGUACCAGAACCAUUGUCGGUCUUCGUAGACACUUACAAGACAGGGAAGAUUCCAGAUAAAGAUAUUUUGGCAUUGAUUAAGGAAAAUUUUGACUUCAGGCCUGGGAUGAUAGCGAUCAAUCUUGACUUGAAGCAAGGAGGCAACUUCAGGUACCAGAAGACUGCUGCUUAUGGUCAUUUUGGCCGUGAUGACCCGGAUUUCACUUGGGAGACUGUCAAGCUCCUUAAACCCAAGGCCUGAGUGUUCUGGGUUCGACUUUAUAUAAAAUUUAGAGAUGGUUAUUAUCGUAGCCAACAUUCUGCUUCGUGGGGGGGGGGGGGGGGGGAGAAUAAAGAGAGCUUCAGCUCAUGCAAUGCAUCUGAUAUUGCAAAGAACACUUCAGUGCCAAGCGAGGUGUGGUUGAGGAUGUAUGCUUUAAGUUGAGCUUGUAGUUUGGUUAGUAACAACAUCAUUCAUUGUUUUUUCUUUACAUUCUUUUUCAAUAUUGAAAAGAACACUCUUUGGUUAAUGAGAAUCCUGUCAUGGCAAUUGUUCGAUCC